AUGAAUAUUUUAACUUUAUGUUUGUUGUUUCACUCUUGUCUUGGCUUCUUUAAUAUACAGCAUAUAGCAUCAAACACUCUAACAGUACUCCCUAAAGGCUUUUCCCCUGCUGUGAAAGAUAUAGUUGAAGGAAUCCCGUCUAAUGCUUUAACCAUAGUCAGAGGAAAUUCGACAAAUAUCAGGUCUUCAGAUAUAUUUGAGUUAAUUUGUCUUCUAAAUGAAAACAACAUACAAGUUAUCAACCUCGAUCUUACAACGACGGACAGUAAAGCUACUUUUUUUAGUUUUCUGAAAGAGGGCUUAGACACUUCAAACGAAAGGACUAGUCUUAUUUUAUGUAGCCCUUUGGAAUGCGAGAAUUUAUUAUCUGAAGAUAGCUUAAAUAUAGUGGAUUACUUCAAUUACAGAGGAAUCAAAUAUGUUAAAAUGAAACUUACCAACAACUAUCGUAAAAAAUAUCAACUUCUCAUUUGGUAA